AUGGAUUACCAAUCUCUGGCCACGCCUCAGGAAUCACAACCACAGGGUGCUAAUGACGAUCGAUUACCGUGGACACCUUCGCCACCUUCGCGCCCGAACCUUUGUGCUCUUCUGCCUAUUACCUUCGUCCACACCACGGGGCCUCAUAUUUCACACGGUCCCAACCACUUUGGGGCCUUCUAUCAACUUGAUAUACCUACGAGACUGCAUUUAAGAGGAUUACUCGCGACCGGCUGUGUUCACGACGAAGACAAAAUGGCUGUCCAUUACAAGAGGCCGAAACUUAAGGAGAUUAAAAGUUAACCCUGCACCGUUCGUAGUUCGACUCAAAGUAGAUUAACGCUUCGUUCGGUAUAACAUUACCCGGGACACGCUGAUCCUGUUACAUUCUGCCCGGAAUUAAAAAUAUUGUCGUCCCC